UGACCAAGUUCAAGCUGGAAAGAAAAAUCAAACCACAUUAGAAAAAUCAAAUUGUGUUAUCUGAAAUGGCAGGUGCUGCUCCUGCUGGUCUCUUCUUUUUCUCCCCAAACACCACAACCAGAACCCUCAACUUCUCAGUCCUGAAACCCAAUGUACUGUCACUACGUUCAUUCUCUCAUUCUCUUUCUCAAAAACACAAUCUCGGUCUCCAUUCUUGCAAGUGUUCCUCCACCACCCCCUUAUCCACUACAACCUACGAGUUUUCUGAUGGUUCUUCGGAGGUGGAGUUAAGGUUACAUAUCGGAGGUUUGGAUAUUCGAAGCUCAAGAGAUAUAUUGGUUGAUACAAACGAUACCUCUUUAGCUAUCAGAGUUUUGGGGCCAGGAUCUCCCAUCACACUCAUAGAAACUAAUCCUCUUUUUGAUAGGAUUAAACCCUCUGAAACAAUAUGGUAUAUAGAUGAUGAUCAACUUGUUGUGAACUUCAAGAAACAGGACCCUGAUUUGAAAUGGCCAGACAUCAUGGAGUCCUGGGAAUCACUUGCUGCAGGAUCUUCACAACUUUUGCAGGGAACAUCAAUUUUUCUUGUUGGUGAUUCUAAUGAAAUCAACCAGAAAGUGGCUCAAGAGCUAGCAACUGGUCUCGGGUACACACCACUUAGCACAAAAGAGUUAUUGGAAACAUAUACCAAGCAAAUUGUGGAUUCAUGGCUGCUCGCUGAAGGCUCUGACUCAGUAGCAGAAGCAGAAAGUGCUGUACUUGAAAGCAUAAGUAGUCAUGCUAGGGCAGUAAUUGCAACAUUAGGAGGGCAACAAGGAGCUGCUGGAAAAGCUGAUAAAUGGCGACAUCUUUAUGCAGGAUUUACUGUCUGGUUGUCACAGACUGAAGCACUAGAUGAAGAUUCUGCAAGACAGGAGACCCAUAAAAAUGUCAAAGAUGGCAUAAUUUCAUACACAAAUGCAGAUGUGGUUGUUAAGCUACAGGGAUGGUAUCCUGCUUAUGCCAAAAGUGUAGCGCAAGCAUGUUUGAGUGCCUUAAAACAGUUAAUUCUAUCAGACAAGAAACUUCCAGGUAAAAAAAGCCUAUACAUAAGAUUGGGAUGUCGCGGUGAUUGGCCAAAUAUCAAACCCCCUGGUUGGGAUCCAUCAAGUGAAGGUGAUGCAACUCUUGGCACACAAUGAUGAUGCUUGUAAUGAGUAACAUGAAAAUUUUUCGUACCAUUUUAUCUACUACAAAGGUAAUAUAAGAGACUGCUUCAGUGGUU